AUGUCCUACCCGCAGUUUGGGUACCCCUACUCCUCGGCACCCCAGUUCCUGAUGACCACCAACUCCCUGAGCACGUGCUGCGAGUCCGGCGGCCGCACGCUGGCCGACUCCGGGCCAGCCGCCUCGGCCCAAGCGCCCGUCUACUGCCCCGUCUAUGAGAGCCGGCUGCUGGCUACUGCGCGCCACGAGCUCAACUCAGCCGCGGCGCUCGGCGUCUACGGGGGCCCCUACGGCGGCUCGCAGGGCUACGGCAACUACGUGACCUACGGUUCCGAAGCGUCCGCCUUCUACUCGCUGAACAGCUUCGACGCCAAAGACGCACCGGGAUCCGCACAUGCGGGCCUCGCUCCCGCUGCCGCCGCCUACUACCCGUACGAGCCGGCGCUGGGCCAGUACCCGUAUGACAGGUACGGGACCGUGGACAGCGGCACGCGGCGGAAGAACGCCACGCGCGAGACCACCAGCACGCUCAAGGCCUGGCUGCAGGAGCACCGCAAGAACCCCUACCCCACCAAGGGCGAGAAGAUCAUGCUGGCCAUCAUCACCAAGAUGACCCUCACGCAGGUCUCCACCUGGUUCGCCAACGCGCGCCGGCGCCUCAAGAAGGAAAACAAGAUGACGUGGCCUCCGAGGAACAAGUGCGCAGAUGAGAAACGGCCCUAUGCCGAGGGCGAGGAGGAAGAAGGGGUCGAGGAGGAAGGCCGGGGGCAGCCCCUCAAGAGCACCAAGGCUGAAGAGCCCAUCGGCAAAGGCAAGGACCUGGAGCUCAGCGACUUGGAGGACUUUGACCCCCUGGAGGGAGAACCCCCAGAGUGCGAGCUGAAGCCUCCCUUCCAGCCCCUGGACGGUGGCCUGGAUCGCAUCCCCACCGGGCCAGAAGGGACCAGCGCCCCGGGGAAGGAGGCUCCGGGCGCCCUCCGGAUGCCCCUGGCCGCGGGGGGCGGGGCCGCUCUGGACCAAGACCUGGAGAGGGCCCGGAGCUGUCUCCGGAGUGCGGCGGCCGGGCCGGAGCAGCCGGCGGGCGCGGGCACGGGGGGCGGCCCGCAGGCCUGCGAGUCCAAGCUGGGCUUCGCUCCCGCUGGGGCGUCGGGUGGCCUCGAGGCUAAGCCGCGCAUCUGGUCCCUGGCACACACGGCCACCGCGGCCGCCGCCACCGCCUUCAGCCAGACUGAGUUUCCCUCAUGCAUGCUCAAGCGCCAAGGCCCCCCCGCGGGCCCGGCCGCCCCCUCCUCGGCACCCGCCUCCUCCUCGCCCGCGGCCCCCGCCGGGGCCCUGGAUAGGCACCAGGACUCCCCGGUAACCAGUCUCAGAAACUGGGUAGACGGGGUCUUCCACGACCCCAUCCUCAGGCACAGCACUUUGAACCAGGCCUGGGCCACAGCCAAGAGCGCGCUCCUGGACCGGGGGCCGCUGGGCCGCUCGCUGGGGGCGGGCGCCAACGUGCUGACCACGCCCCUGGCACGCCCCUUCCCGCCCGCCGCGCCUCCCGACGCCCCUGCCGCCGGCGCAGCCAAGGACCUGCUGGCCUUGCCCAAAGCCGGCGGCAAGCCCUUCUGCGCCUAA